AUGUUCACCCCCGCUGACGCGAGACGACAGAAGUGGGACGGCCUCCACCCCUUACAAUUUCGUUUGAUUUGUGCAGGGUUGCAGUGCCCCUACGACCUUCCGGCUGAGAGGGACCGACAGGGUCGGGAGGGGGGGUCGUCGUGGCUCUCCUCCUUGGUCACGUCUGCAAGGCAUGAACCGUGCCAUGAGAGGGAUUUCAACGUUCUUCCAGCCGCCCUACACACGAUGCCCGUUGAGGCGCCUGGGGAAACUGCAGGGAAUAAGUCACGCCUCUCUGUGGCGCCUCACGAGGAGAAAGAAGGAGUAACCCGCCCUGUGGCACAGCCCCCUGCGGCCGGGGCGAUUCAGCCCGCGGGUGACAUUACACAGCGGGAGGUGGAUACGUCUCAUGUGGCUUCCGAACCCCACGACCCUGGCGAGGAGGGCGGUAGUCACAAAAUAAGAGGGGAGCACAAGUGUCCCUCGCAGGGUGCUGAGGCCAUUCCCGAGACAACGGACGCCGACAAUACUUGUGCCAUCAGAGUGCCUCACGAAGAAAACAAGGUGACACCCACGCUGAACCACCGAAGUGAGGUCCUCUCACGAAACGACCAUCCCCCAGCGACUCGCAACUCCUGUAGUGUUGCUGUGGGUCCUGACGAAGCCAACAGUUGCAAUAACGCGGCCACCGUUAUGCCGGGGCACGACGAUCGCACGGAGUUCAUGGCAUCGCCAGAGUUUCAUAAAAUGGAUGCGUUGCUUUCAACCGCGGUAGAGAGUCUGUACUCGAAAUUGCAGGGGGCAGCAUUGAAGGUUGUUGCGCUGGAUGGACUGAAGCAAAGGCUGGUUGAGGCCUUCCCCUCGCCUCGGAAGAGCGAGGCAAAGGAGGAGAACAUGGCCGAGUUGGCAAUUCACUUGCACUUACUCAAACGUCAGGUGAAGCUUCUAAUAGACGCGUGGCGUGGACAAGAGGCGGCGCGGAAGGCUUCCGAGGAGCGACAGAGCAAGGCAGUCGUGGACGCGGUCCGCGUGGAAGUCGUCCGGGCCUAUGAAGAGCCGCAUGUGCCGUACAGGAAGGGCCCCUUCGUCGCGCUCGCUCCCACGACGCAGCGCCUGCGGUCGUCCACUAAUAAAGCGGCACCGACGUCAGUCAGCGGCUCUGGCAGCACCUCCGCCAGUGGCUCGGUGCUCUCCUCCGCGCGGCCAGUUGAGUCCUGCUCUGAGUUCUCCAUCGCCUCGGCGGUUGCGCACGCGGACGAACUCGAGGAUGAAUGGAAGCUUGAUGGGGCGAGACAACAGCAGCGAUAA